GACCGACCACCCACCUCCUAGGGUUUAGCUAAGAAUUUUGCUAGACGGAUGGCGGCAUAGUUGUGAAUUUGUUAAUAGAAUUACCAGCAUCUUGAGGAAAGUCUGAGUUUGUGCUAUUGAACGGUACAAGAAGCCAGCCGUCACGCGUAGCGUAUUUGUGAAUUGGACACAUCUCUCGGAUAUUACACAAUUCUUUCAUCACAGAGACGACAACUCUCGAGGUGCUGCUGCCUGAUGUCUGUAGUAGUCCAGCGAAGAACACGGCCCAACAAAUAUACAUAGAGAUAGAGGUGUUUUGUGUUCUGCCUUGUGCCCCCUGUGAAUUGGGAGGAAAACAAAACGCGGGGUUAGCGCAGUUUAGCGUAAAUUGAAUUUAGAGAAAUUCGCUGUCGCUGGAUGUGGGUGGAAUAACAAUCAGUCCUAUUAGAUAGGGAGCACUUUUUUUUUAUCGGUGUUGUCGAUUGAGCAUUUUUAUGAUAAAAUAUGAUAAUUUGAGAGUGUAAGCGACAGCUCGCGUUGCGUUCCCCAAGUAAUAAGUGAUCCAAGUUGAUUAAGUCCAGUGGUGUAGUUUGUGGUAGUAGUGCGCGAUUAUUAACGGCAAAGUCAAGUUUUAAAGGUGUUUAAGUGGAUUGGUGAGAAGCGAAGUGAAAAGAAAAGGAAAAAAUAAGAUAAGCGAGUAACAACAACAAGAUACCUGAAGUGACCGACCCGUGAGAAGUAGGAAAUUGAUUCACAAAUACAUUCAGCGCAACUGAAUCACAAGUGUUUUGGGCGAUUUCAACGGGUACAACAUACGACAAUGGCGAAUAGAACGAGGCUGCGUUUUGCGACAUUCACGAUUCUCUGUUGGAUUACACUAAUAGGUCUCGCGCAAUGCCAGAAAACACCCAGCCUGCAGAUCCUUCCGGCGGCUUCGGUGCAGCGGAAACCAGUCGGUGCCUCACUGUUGCUCACCUGCCGGCCGGAUGUUCCCGAUAGUACACUCAUUUCGGACCUACGAUGGAGCGACAACCGGAACAUGACGAUUCCACCGAAGGCGACCAAAUAUUACUACCCCCAGUACGACUCCAAAGGUCGAAAGCUUCCGGCAAAAGCCGGCCAAAGUUCGCCUCCCAUCUACACGGAAUCGAUUGCAUCCGGUCAGGCGCUGGCCCUGAUCUUCAACUCACUCCAGGAAUCGAUGGCCGGGAUGUACUACUGUGCGGCGUCCUACUCCGUUACGGAACAGCUCGGGGCUUCCGUUUCGGUCGAAACUUACGUGGCCAUUACGUGGAAGGAUGCACCGGAAGACCAGCGACCAAUCCUGGGCGACGAUUACAUUGUGCGCUGCGAGGUGACGGCAAAUCCGCCGGCCACCGUUGACUGGCUUCGGAACGGAGAUCCGAUUAAAUCCAGUGGCCGAUAUGUUAUCGAGAAUCGAGGAUUGCUGAUCAAGAAUGUCUCGGAAGCUGACGAUGGUUUGUAUACUUGUCGUGCUGUGGUCAUUUCAACCGGUGAGUUAGCCAAGCGAGUGAUUCGAGUCGAAGUGCAAAUAAAGCCGGAGGUACAAAAACUGCCUCCGGUGCUGAAUGCCGUCGAGGGCCAAUCGUUUUCGUUCCUCUGCAACGCCACCGGAAAGCCAGUGCCCGAGUUUCAAUGGAUUAAGCUCAGUACUCAGCAGGACGUUUCCGAAAUUGAUAGAUUCUCGGUAAAUGCGCUCACGGGCCAGCUUGAUAUCAGUCGAGUCGAACAAGAUGACCACGACACAUACAAAUGCGUAGCCCGGAAUGCGGCCGGUAUCUCCGAUUCCACAGCCAAGCUGAAUGUUUUGAUUCGUCCCAAGAUUAUCGAGUUUAUGAAUAUCACAGUACCUGAAACGAGUGAAGCCGUUCUUGCCUGUAAAGCUUUCGGCCGACCUCCACCAGAAAUCACAUUCCGUCGUUUUGGCACCACUGAAGAGUACUCCGUUGGCCUGCAGGUCAGUGACGACCGCAUCACUCUCGACAUGGACACCAACAUCGAACGAGGCGAAACUACCGGAAACCUCCGGAUAUCCAAAAUCGACCCAACCGAUGAUGGCCUGUACGAUUGUAUAGCCCGUAACCCAGGCGAUGUUGCCUUCAAAGUUGGUCACAUCACCGUCGAAUACAAACCAAACUUCGAUCAUAUGAAACUAUUACCUCCGGUCUACACCUGGGAACAAUAUCCGGCAAACCUAAGCUGUUUCGCCCAAGCUAUCCCAAAUGCCACCAUCGAAUGGCGCUGGAACGAUCGACCAGUUAAAGAUCUCUAUGACAUCAACAUGGAAAUCAAAAAUGACGGCGUACGAAGUGACCUGAUCAUCACCCCACGAGAAAGAAGGUACUACACAAGCUACAAAUGCGUCGCCACCAACCGCCUCGGGCAAUCCGAACAUAUUAUGGAGCUCCGCGAAGCCCGAGUCCCCGACGCCGUUGCCCAAGCCAAAGCACGAUCAGUCAGCGCCACCUCGAUCACCUUCGACAUCAUACCUCCACCAACGGAAAAGGGACUGCCAAUCACUGCCAUGUACGUGCAAUACAAACAAGAAUUCAACCCGGACUGGAACUCUGCCUUCAACCGGUCCUGGUCUCCAGACAGCCCCUACAUCGUCGAAGGCCUACGGCCACAAACCUCGUACAGCUUCCGGUUUGCGGCGCGAAAUGUUGUCGGUUUUGGGGUUUGGUCUGCAUAUGUGAUUCAAUCGACGCCGAGACGAUCGGAACCGGAAACGCCGAAAACGUUGCACACUCCGAUCCAGGAGGAGAACGAAGAGGACGAUGCCGUUGUCACUUCGCCGUAUGCCGAUCACUUCGAGCUGCGGUGGAACGUUCCCGUUGACAAUGGCGAGCCCAUCACGUUCUACAGGGUGAAGUACUGCCCGGGCUCCAAGAUCAACGGCGUGUGGACCCAGCUGGAGGUGGACUGCAUCGUCGAGGACAUCCCGACGGUGACGCACUACGAGAUGCGGGACCUACAAGCGGACACCUACUACCGGAUAGAGCUGCUGGCCCACAACGCGAUCGGCUUCUCGAAGCCGGCCCAUCUGCUGCUCCGGACCGCCCGAGGUCUCGAUGUGGUGCUGAAGGUUGAUGACCGGGCCAUUUCGUCGGCCGCAGUCAUUGGAAUCGUUGUGGGAGCUGUGCUGUUGCUGCUGCUGGUCAUCGAUAUCCUGUGCUGCCUGAUUGGGAACAUGGGAGUGCUGGCAACCCUAUGUCGACGGUCCAAACGGUCCCCCUCGGAGCUGGGUGAUGAGGAGAAGCUGGGAAGUCUAUACGGUUGGCGUUUUCCGCUACCCUAUUGCAGUGGCAGCCUCAUCAAGGAACGUCCACCCUCGCCUUUGCCGCUGCCCCCGCCAAUCGUCAAACUGGGCCCAACCACGCCAAUAGAGGACGAAAAGCAACCGCUCAAUUCCGGAACCGGCUCCAAUUCGGUCGUGGCCAGCGAUAUCAAAGUCAACAGUUCGGUGGAGUUCGACGGCAGAGGCGUCCAGAUUCGAAGCGGGGAAAUUAUCGGCAAAAAUUCAUCAGUAUAAGUGCCAGGGCAGCUGCAAAACUGUUCGGCACAAAAUUAUACCUAUGAAAAAUGAGGAAGAAAAAAGUUGAAAUAUUGACCCGGUCAUCCGGCUCAAAUGUCCACACGGACGACAACAAAAACAGAGAACAAACAGAAAAAUCGAUGCAUUUCGGAAUGAAUUUUGUUCUUCCGUGUGCAGCGGUCUGAUUGAUUGAAUGAUUGAUUGAUCGAGCGAUUGGAUGCUGAUUGCUUUCUGCGCUGAUUGAAUGAUUGAGAAAAUUGUGGAAGGACGUCGUCACUGCUAAAACAACAACAGUGUUGCACUGAAUGGACGACGUUAUGAUUGUGAGGGAACGAGAGAUUUUGCAACUGAUAGAGAGCGGUUUAUUUCGCAACAUUUUGUGUAUAUCUGGCGAUUUCCUAGUGUUUAAGAUGAAACUCUAUAAAAUUUUGAAGACCGUAUAGUGAAUGUUCCGUUUUUUCAUUCAUCUGAUAAAAAUCCAAUAGCAAACAAAUGAACAUUCGUUUUCGAAGCAUCAUUGACUUAGUUAAAGAUUCGCAGGGUAAAGUUGUGUCGUAAGUACUUUUUCAAUGCCAUAUAUGACAUACAUUAGUGGAAGCAUAAUUUAUAAAUCGAACCACAUAGGUAAGAACUUAUUUUUAUCAUCCCAGCCUAUAUAACCAAUCGUUUAUAUAAUUCAUUCUAUUAACAUGCCACUGAUAAAAAAAAUGUAGGAGAAGAAGAAAAUCGGAUGCUAAAUUGUGUGCUUCAGCUUAAAACGACCUGAUUGUGGAUGAAUGGCAAGUUCCGGAAACGAAUGGAACUUUAAGUCAUUGAACAAAGUUGAGAUUAGUCUAGGCUUGAAUGAGCCAAUCGAUAGAUGUUUCCGUUUUCCGUUUUCGAAACAAACAAAUCAAAAGUCCGUAGAAAUAAUUGCCAACACAAUUGUUUGGCAAGCCAAAACAACAAUACACAAACAAUUGAGAAAGGGAAAAAACGAACCUCUAUGAAUCCAAAGUGCUUCUGCCUUAAUUCGAUGGACGAUGUGCUUUCAGUUCUGUACAUGUCGAUAUUUGAUGUCAAUAUUCUUUGUGUCCGAUCCAGUGGGUUUCGAAAUGCCUGAGCCUGAAACCGGAACCGGAAACUGAAACAUCCAUACCUAGCUAGAGAUUAAGAAGCCACCAAUAGAUUACCAAUAAUUUACAAAGAAGCCCCAUUACGAGAAGCCAAAUCUUACCGACUAAGUAAGAAGCUAGAACAAGAUGCAGCAGAACAAACUAACUCAACUCAAACAAUUAAAGGAAGAUUAUUUUCGCUUCAACAGCCAGAUGUAUCCCCCCCAUUUAUGUAAAUCUUUACCUGAAACUGAAGAAACUACUACACUCUACACAUCUCUUAACCAAUAACUCAGAAAUGCUUCUGCUCUAUCAAAAAACAAACCCUGUGCUCAGCUUCAGCAGAAAUGACCAAACAACAAUAUUGUAUUUAUCCGUGCGACAAAUGAGAAAUAAAAUCUAACAUGACUAACCAAGCAAAAGCAAGCGCUCUUAAGAAAAAAAAAACAGUAUAAAAAAGUUUGUUCAACAAUAAAAUUUCCUCCAAAACAUAACUGUAACAGUAAGUUUCCAUUAUAUUGGCUGCUUAAAAGUAGGAUUAUUUUCCAAAUAAAAAAAAACACCUUCUAUUAGAUCUCACCCGAAUGCAAAACCAGAACUUAAUUUAGAGCGAAGAAGAAGAAAUGUUGAAAACUUCAAUGUGUACUACUAAUUUAAGUGUCUUCUAGGAUAUUCGAAUUUAAUUUAAUUAGGUACCGUAUCAAUAGUUUUUUUUUUUUUUUAGUUUUCGCUGCAUGGCAAACGAUCUAUCCAGUUCAGAGGAAAACCAUUCAACAGCAGCUGGAAUUAUUAUUACUUUUAUUGUAACAAUAAAAUGCGCCGGUUCUUUUUUUCGGUGCAACAGAAUUGAGAGAAGAAAAAACUAACGUGUUGAUGGACACAUACUUAUGUAAACUACAAAACGGAAUGUAACUCAGAAAAAACAAG